AUGACCACCGAUAUGGCUACCAUAGCCCCAGAGAUGGGCGAGCAGUUGCACUCUCCCCCAGAAUCCAGCAAGGACUCCCCUACGCUCAAGCACGAUGCAUCACCAUCCGACUCGGAGCUCUCUGAUCUCGAGGAUCCCGAAGAUGACAUCGGGGAAAUCACUCCAGCAUACUACAGCGAUGGAGGCGUCCCUGUGUUUACACCAACAAUGGAAGAGUUCAAGUCCUUCAAGCUUUAUAUGAACAAAAUCAAUCCGUACGGAAUGAAGACCGGCAUUGUCAAAGUCAUCCCUCCUCCCGAAUGGCGCGCUGAUCUGCCAGCGCUCGAUGAAGCUAUCAAGACGAUUAAAGUCAAGGAUCCGAUCAAGCAAGAUAUCAUGGGCACAAACGGUACAUAUCGACAGGCCAACAUUCUGCAUCAAAGAUCAUACAAUCUCCCACAAUGGCGUCAGUUGUGUGAGCAGAGCGAGCAUCAACCGCCGGCCAAGAGAGGAGAGAGACGCUUGAAUCAAGACAGGCCUUCCCGCCCCACUCCCAAACCGAAAGGCACUUCCACACCAUCAGCAUCGGCAUCUUCCAAGAAAAAGGGUCCCGGGCGUCCUUCAAAGAACAAAUCGAAAGCUACCACUGUCGAGCCGAAGGAAGCCUCGGCAACUCCCGAUAGACUCCCGACGCCAGUCUCUCCAUCGACAAAGCCGGAGGACGACGUCGAGUCGAUCAAGCAAGAAGUGGACGAGGAGGAGUCGCCAAUGAAACAGAAGGGUGGCAGACAACCAAAAUCGAUUUCUGUCUCUUCCCGUCGAAAAUUCAAUCGUCGCGAAGCAGCUGCAAAGGUUGAUGAAGCGGCCUUCAAAGACUUCAAGUAUGAGCUAGAGGGCGAAGACUAUUCUCCUGAACGCUGUGAAGAACUCGAGCGGGCUUAUUGGAAGACCCUCACAUAUGCUCCUCCCCUCUACGGAGCUGAUAUGCCUGGUUCACUUUUUGAUGAUCGAACAACAACUUGGAACCUUGGCAAACUCGAGAAUCUUCUUGAUGUCAUGGGCACGAAGAUUCCUGGUGUUAAUACCGCAUACCUGUACUUAGGCAUGUGGAAGGCUACUUUCGCUUGGCAUCUAGAGGAUGUAGACCUUUACAGUAUCAACUUUCUCCAUUUUGGUGCGCCGAAGCAGUGGUACAGCAUUUCGCAAGGAGAUGCACGACGAUUCGAGGCUGCGAUGAAAAGCAUUUGGCCUACUGACGCUAAAGCCUGUGACCAAUUUCUUCGCCACAAGACGUUUUUGAUCUCUCCCUCACACCUUCUGCAGAAUUACAACAUCAAGGUCAACAAAAUCGUGCACAAUCCUGGCGAGUUUGUCAUCACUUUCCCCUACGGCUACCACUCAGGUUAUAAUCUCGGAUAUAACUGCGCAGAAGCGGUUAAUUUUGCCCUGGAUUCAUGGCUUGAGUAUGGGCGUAUUGCCAAGAAGUGUGAUUGUAGCCUGGCUCAAGACAGCGUUUGGAUCGAUGUUGGGGAGAUUGAACGGAAACUAAGGGGAGAAGAGACCGAUUAUGAGGAAACUGAGGAUGAAGAGGACGAAGAGGAUCGAAAUGGGCCAACAGAUCUACCCACACCCCCCGAGAGCAGUGGCGAUGCGAAGAUCAAGGCUCCUCGACGAAAACGCAAGCGGCCUGUCAAUGACAAGAACGACAAACCUAACGCUAAAAGGAUUCGUGUCCGCAUCAAGGCGCCGGUUAAGGAGCCAUGUGUUCUGUGUCCCCAUGAUAUCCCGUCCGAGCCUCUGUUACCAACGGAGGAUGGUCAGAAGGCACAUCGUAUGUGUGCUCUAUACAUUCCUGAGACCUCGAUUGAAUCAGGAGAAGGAGGGAAAGAAAUGGUUACCGACGUCAAAUAUAUUGACAAGGCUCGUCUCGACCUCAAAUGCAACUAUUGUCGAUCGAAGAAGGGGGCUUGUUUCCAAUGUUCACAGAAGAAAUGCACCAGAGCAUACCAUGCCACGUGCGCCGCUGCUGCUGGUGUUCUAGUUGAGCAAGGCGAAAUUCCCGUUUUUGGCGAGGAUGGAACUGAAUACAAAGAGUGGGGUAUUGAGUUCAGCUGCAGAUUCCACCGCACUAAGCGUGAUAAGAAGCUCGAUGGCGAUGCUCUAGGAGACAAUGAGCGUAUCUUAAAGGCAGCAUCGGAGCUUAAGGUGGGCGAGACUUGUCAAAUGCAAUAUUACGGAGGUGAUAUAUUUGCUGGUGUUGUGGUCGAAAAUCGCAAGAGCGAGGAGAUGAUUCUUGUUGACAUCUUGCCGAGAGGCGAACGCAUCGAAGUCGAAUACAAAUGGCUUCUUAUUCCGGACCCUGCAGACUUCCAUCUUCAGAAGCCAUCCGCGAACGCCAUUCCAAUGCCGAGGUCUUUCAAAGCUAAAGAAUCUCUCAACACAAGCAAACGGCAGGCUGAUGAUUUACCAAGAGCUGAUGAUCCUUUCGUCAAUGGCUGCACUUGGGCUGAAUUCAAAACCGAGAAUAUUCCACGCAAUCCCGCGCAGGUUAAGGUAGACUUUGACAAAGAGAACCAGAUCUGGUAUUAUCUUGGCAAGACCUCUACAGAGGCGAAGGCGCAGUUCACAGAAGAUCCGGCAAAGCCUCGACACAAUCCGAAGGGCCACUUCUUGGACACGAUUCCCAAGCCGAUUACUACUGUACCGCGACAGUCAUACGCCGCGUCGUAUCCAUCGGCCUUCAACCAGAAUAAAGUGAACACUUUGAAAGCAAAGCCUCGACCUUCCCAGCCUGCAGAUUCUACUAGAGCAGAGAAGCCAUAUGUAUACAAGCCUCGCAGUACUGGUGAUAGUUACCGCAUUGACCAACAAGCUUACCAGUCCCAGCAGAGUUUCCUUCAACGAUCGGCUCCUGCUCCUUAUAGCUUUGGUACCGAUCCGAGAUGGAGAUCGACUGGUUCUCCGGCGACGGCUCCUUACUCACCAACGACUCCGUCAUACCCGCCAAAGACCGCUCCAUACAAUCCAACAGCUUCUUAUCCCAGCUCCUCCGCCCCCGCGAUCAGUGCGCCUCAAUCGCAGGGUGUUUUGGCCCCUCCCGCACACUUUCGACCUCCAUAUACGCCUCCAUUACCACCACCCAAGCAAAAUAACCCCUUCAGCAGCAGGUCUAAACCUUCCCGACCGAAUCCUUUUGCAAAAUACAAGUACCUGCAAAAGGAACAUAACAGAUCGUCAUUAGAGUAUAAGAGUCCUUAUAGAUACGGUGGUGGGUUCAUGAACGGAUAUCAAGGCAAUCUGGAGAAGCACCUGCAACAGACGUUAUUUAACAAGAAUCGACCUACUACAGCGACUUCAGCAUCAUCGUACGGCAGUCAACAGUCUCCCAGUCAGGCAUCCGUGUCUCCGCCCGUCCAUGGAUCUUCUGGCCUUGGAAGUGCGCAGAAGCAACCCGGACUUCCUUACCAGCAGGUAACGAAACCGGCAACAGAGAACACCUGGGAGAACAAGGGCUCUUCACAGCUACAUCCUGCCAUUCGGCAGGAGUAUAAUCCUUUGUACCACAAUCAGUAUCAGCCUCAACGUACUGCCACCCCUCACCAGUCGCAAAACCCUCUUUCUCAGGCGCAGAAUGAGAGGCAGCAACAACAGAUGCAACAACCAGCGCAAAGCAGGCAAUUUCAACAUUCUUACCAGUCACAGCCACCCCAUCCACAUACACCUGCAGUCUCCAAUUCGGAUAUACGACAGCCCAUCAACCAGCCAGCAAAUCAACCGCGAUAUCAGUCCUCGACGUACGCUCCAUACCAGGACGGCAAAGUUAUGUAUCCGCACCAGCAGUACUUCCAAAAGCUACAGGUGCAGGCUCAGGUCCAAAACCCGCCGCUACAAUCAUGGGCACAGGCUCAGCCUCAGCCUCAAGCUCAAAUCAAAGGUCAGACGUCACAACAACGGGACUUCCCUGAUGUCCCGGCUGAUUCUACAACGCUGGUUGAGAAAAUGAUGUUGAACUUAAGGAAGGCUGCGUCUGGCGCAUCGUCUACCAGUUGA